CAGGGAGCGGCUUUGCGUCCUCCCCGGUUCCGUGAGGGGCAGGAGCAGCGGGGCCCCGGGAUGUGGGAGUUCGGUGUAUCCCGGGCACUGCUCUGCACCACCGACCCGCGGGACGCCCCAUCCCGCACCCCGAUCCUGCUGGCAAGGGCUGGGCGUCCCCUCGGCACCCCAGGCUGCUGAGCACAGGCUGGCCAUGCGGGGGAGCGUGCUGGAUCCGGGGUCCCUCUUGCUGGCUGCUCGGUGCCCGUGCCCAUGGCUAUGGCACUCAUCUGAGGGGAAAGUGGGGUGGACAUUGCCAUUGUGGACCGGCGUUGUGACAGGAGAUGAUGUAGGCAUUGAGAAGCAUAUGGGACGUGAUUGCAUGGAGGAACUGGGCUGGUGGUGGCCCCUUUCCUUCCCCUUUGAUGGGUAAGAGUCCAGCACCCUGCUAAGACAAGCCCAGUCCAGCUGAGUCAGCUGAGCCCAGUGCAGCAGAGUCCAACGGAGCUGAAUCCAGCUGAGCAAAGCCCAGCCAUCAGGGAGCAAGGCGUGGAAUACCCAUGGUUCUGGUGGCACAGGAACUGCCUCUCGUGUGCCUGGUGCUGCUCCUGCUCUGCAGAGAGCCGGGUGUGGAUGCCCAGACGCGCCAGGGCUUCACUGUGCAGCAGCCCCAGGCCAAGGUGUCAGUGGCAGUGGGGGAGAUGCUCACCCUGAGCUGCACCACGUCUGGAAUUGCUGGACCAGGUCCUGUGAUAUGGCUGAAGGGCUGGGGCAGUGGGAACACGACUGUCUAUAACCAGAAUAACGAGAAUGCCUUCCCCCGUGUGACGGAAGCAGUGCGUGGGUCUGACACAGACUUCACCAUCCACAUCGCGAACAUUCAGCCUGAGGACAUGGGCACCUACUACUGCGUGAAGUUUGUCAAGGGGGACACUGGUGAUGAUGAGGUGUUUCUGCGUGGCAAUGGAACCAAGGUGUCUGUGCAAGCCAAACCCAGCCCCCUGCUCGUGUCUGGGCCUGAGCAGAGAGAGAGGCCGGGGGAGCCGGUGCCUUUCACCUGCACGACUGGAGGGUUCUUUCCUGAUAAGAUUGAGGUGAAAUGGUUCAAGAACAACAACCCCGUGGGGGCUCAGCCACCCCAGGUCAAGGAAUGGAAGAUGAAAACCUACAACAUGUCCAGCACAGCAGUGCUGACCCUGCAGAAGGAUGAUGUUCGCUCGCAGCUCAUCUGUGAGGUGAAGCACUCCACGCUGCCGGCCCCGCUGCGUGGGAGAUACCAGCUCAGCAGAGUCCUGCGAGUUCCCCCCAGCGUGGAAGUGCGCGCUGAGCCGAGCCCCGUUGAGGUGAACAAGACCGUGACCUUCAGCUGCCUCGUGAGGGAGUUUUACCCAGCUAAAGUGUCCGUUUCCUGGCUGGAGAAUGGGAUUGAGAUGAAGGUGCAGAACGUCUCCUUGCCUCGGAAGCUGCCCCAGGGCUUGUUUGAGCUGAGAAGCCAGGUGGAGGUGCAAGCGAUGGAGGAGAAAAACGGGUCCACGAUCACCUGCAUAGUGGUGCACGAUGCCCAGGCCCCUGUCAACAGCUCAGCCUUGCUGUGGAUCUCCAACCCAACCGAAGGAGGAUUGGGCAGCGGGUUCCAGAUGGAUAAGGGUGGAAACCUUCUGUCCAGCUUCCUUCUCCUGUGGAUGGGUAUCCUGCUGGAGAAGGGGCUCCUCGGUGGGCUCCUCUUCUUCCUCUUCAAGCGCAUGAAGGAAAAAGCAUUGGAGAUGGUGCCCAACCCUGCUCCACCUCAGUCCCCGGCCCCUGGAGCCAGGUCCCAGGGCUUGGCCGCUGCCAGCAGUGAUGUGUGAGCCUGCAAAUAAACGAACCGGCGUGCACAGGCUGUCUGCAAAUAAACGAACCGGCGUGCACAGGCUGCCGUGGCUGCUCCGCGC